AUGAGAACCAAAACCAAUACUACAUUGAUGAUGGUUCCCAUCAUGAUGCUGAUUCUCAGCACCAUUGAAGUUACCGCAUCCAGCAGUUCCACAGCGCAUUCCAACACAUUCAUUCGGCAUCAUCAUCACCAUCCCAUGUUCCAUCCCAAACCUGACCUUCACCGAAACCUUGGAACCCGAGGGAAUCGACUGCAAUGGGGAGACGACGAUGCUACGUAUGCCGAUUACAAUCCUGAUUACAGCGGAGAAAAGGACGAAGACGGCAACCCCAUCGUAUCUGUCAUUGCCGAUGGGGAGACCAGCCAGCAGCAGCAAACGGCAAGUCCCACCAGCGAUACCGAAACCAUCACUGACGAGAAUGGAAAUAUCAUUUUCAAUGGAAGUUCCUGCAAACCUGGAAACAAGCGACCAUGUAGUCCUUCAGCCCAACCUUCUGCUGUACCAUCGCCAGCACCUACCGAGCCAACCACACCUCGACCAUCUCUCCUAUUGACUUUUCCGCCAACCAAGUCUCCUACGCCCCUACCGACCAAGAAUCCUACACCCCCGCCGUCCCUCUUAUUGACUUUCCCACCAACCAAGUCUCCUACCCAGCUUCCAACUUCUCCACCUACUUGGAUCUUGACGAGAUCACCAACAAAGGGUCCCACUCUUCCUCCGACUUUUCCACCAACGAGGAUGGCUUCAUCGUCACCAACAGUUGGGCCCACCAAAAGUCCGACACCCAAUCCAACUAGAGCACCCACAACACCCCCUACACCCGGUCCUACUCGGGCACCCACUCCCAAUCCUACUCCUGUACCAACACUUCCACCAACACCUGGUCCGACUAGAGAGCCUUCGCCAUUUCCGACUCCUCAUCCGACCAAGUUUCCCACUCCAAGUCCCACUGUUGAGGCUUCCAUAUCCCCGACCAAGCUCCCAUCAUUGGCUCCGAGUAUGGUUCCUACCAUGGCCAUCCAAACCCAAACUGGAAUCAAUGGCACCCGAGUCACCGAAUGCAGUAGUCCUCCCUUGGGUCAAGGAAUAUCCAACGUGCAACUCUUGGCCUUCAAGUACAAUCUCUACUUGCCCGUUCUUGUGACAUUGCCACCAACGACGACGACAGUCCAAGCGGAUUCCGUCUCGUCGAUUGCUGAUGGUACGAACCGAUUCCAGGAUGCUGCCGCAAUCCUGGAACAGAGGAUUCACAAUGGACUCGUGGCACAAUUCUUGACGUGCAAUGGUGAGGUAGACGAGAACGAGGCGGUCAUUGCCGAGAAUGGUUUCCGCGUCACUGCCGUCAUGUCGGCUCCUACAGAUCAAGUCAACAUGACUUCCGUGUGCGAUACCACCAACGAUCCUGUGACGGACACGCCCACCGAAUGUUUCGAAGUGGUGGCCCAGCUGGCCAUGGAUGCCUUUUUCCCAACCACCAGACGUCGUCGGCGAGUCCUUCUAUUACGAAGGCUCCAACUCACCUUGGCGGAUCCGCAAUUCUUGGAUUCGGUCGGCGAUUAUUUGAAUACUUCCAUGGCGAAUGAUGAAUUCAUUGGAACUCGAGAUGGUGACGAUGACAAUGUACCAGUCGAGGAUCGAGCGGUGCAAGUCUCCUUUCAAGGAUUCCUCAAUGUCUUGAAUCAAGACGACGACGAUGGAACCACUUCGGGUUCUGGAGUCAGCAAUGCCGAUGGAAUCGUUGGGGCAGGAUCACCAGGUGGCUCGUCAUCGGACAAGGAUCGACAUGUAUUUUUGUUGGGAACUGCCGCCUUUGGUGGAGUUUCCUUGCUCCUGUUCCUGGUGGCCCUAUUUGCCACCCGCCGCAAUCGCAACCGCCAGGAGACUUAUUUGCGACAAUUGGACGACUUGGCGGCCAGUGAUCGAGACAGCGAGGUAUCGUCGCAGGCCAGUCACAUUUUGGCCGAUGGCAGGGUGCAUUUGGUGCGGGACGAAGAGUAUGAUCGAUUCGAAGCGGAGGAAAUGGAGAUUGAGAUGGAAUUGCCAGCCUCCCAUUCCGAUGUUCACUUUUGUUCGUCUGCCACUUGCCCCAUUUGCAAGCAUCGAACCUCGGGACCCAUUACCUUUGUCUCUUCCGCUCUGAGUCAAAAGGACCUUGAGGACCUCAGUCCGCGCAAGCGUUCCCAUAGACCAAAUGGACGACGAUACCAGGCCCCGGAUACUGUGAAUUUGUAA